AUGACUCUCACAGUUGUUUAUGAAUCAUACAGUAGUUAUGUAUCACCGUUGUUACUAAAUUUGCCGUCAUUAAAGCAUUAUUAUUAUAAGUCUCCACCACCACCAUCGAAAUAUAUGAAACACCCUCUAUAUCACUACAAAUCUCCACCACCACCAAUGUAUGUGAAACAUCCUCCGUAUUACUACAAAUCUCCUCCUCCGCCUCUAAAACAUGUUAAACAUUCGCCUUACUAUUACAAGUCUCCUCCACCACCACCAAAAUAUGUGAAACACGCUCCGUAUUAUUACAGUUCUCCUCCUUCGCCUCUAAAGCAUGUUAAGCAUCCAUCAUACUAUUACAAGUCUCUUCCUCCACUAACCAAACAUGUGAAACACCCUCCGUAUUACUACAAGUCUCCUCCUUUACCUCCAAA